GCUUCGCACGUGAAUAAUUUCAUAAUUAUAUAACAAAAAAUGUCUGGACGUGGUAAAGGAGGAAAAGUUAAGGGAAAGGCGAAGUCCCGUUCAAAUCGUGCUGGCUUACAGUUCCCAGUGGGUCGUAUUCAUCGUCUGCUCAGGAAGGGAAACUAUGCCGAACGUGUUGGAGCUGGAGCACCCGUUUAUCUGGCCGCAGUGAUGGAAUAUUUGGCCGCUGAAGUAUUGGAAUUGGCAGGAAAUGCCGCUCGUGACAACAAGAAGACCAGGAUUAUCCCACGUCAUCUGCAGUUGGCUAUCCGUAAUGACGAAGAAUUGAACAAACUACUGUCGGGUGUAACUAUUGCUCAAGGCGGAGUCUUGCCCAAUAUCCAAGCUGUUCUGCUACCCAAGAAAACCGAGAAGAAGGCUUAAAUCAACAACGACAUGAAAGUGCACUAGAAUCGAGAACCCAACCGUCCUUUUCAGGACGACAACAAAUUUUUAAUAAAGAGUUACAAUGAUUGAUUUUCCACCCUCCACUAAUCUAAAAAUCAAUCCACAGCAAUCACUGAAGGAGAGCGUCUGUUUCCAAACAGAUAUAAGUUAAUCGUUAUACCGAAUAGGAAAUAUUAAAGCAAACCUAAAAGUAUGCUGUUUUUUACCGCCCAUACAGUGUUCAACAUAGAAACGAAAAUAGGAAGAUUUGCCAAUGGAGAUGAGUUAUAAACCGACACGCAUAUCGAAAAUCCAACAUAUUUUCUUACAAUGGAAAUAUGCUUCGAUGUCUUGAAUUAUAACAAAGUAUCAACUCACAACAACUAAUGCUUCAAACAUUGCUUCGAAACAAAAUCGAAUUUCGACCUGAAAAUCAACAAAGGCAAGCAAUAUCAAUAUACGGGAGAAAAUUGCAAAGUUGAGCAAAACAUAAUUAUCCCAGGUAGCAGUGGAGAUUGGCUGAAAGAACCGCCACCGUAAAGUAUACCAGCUGCCAGUGAAUAACAUUUCCAGUAGGGCCAUUCCAUUCUCAUUCAACGAAACAUCAUCACUGUUAGAAAUCCACACUAAAAACGGUAAAUUCCGAUCCUAAAACCGAACCUAAAACAAGACUCGAUAAUUAUCUUUCCUUUAUUCCACAUUCAUAUAAGCAGCAUAUUGACGGAUUGCAGCGAUGAAUUGUUAGGCUGUUAUGUACUUGAACUCAUCUAUGAAAUUUUAUUAUUUAGGCAACCUGAAUACCAAAGUUGAAAUUUAGUACUUCUGUUUGAAAUGCUCAAUAUAAAUUAAAAGAGGCAGUGUAGCUAAAGAAAAAACACUCGACAAAUAUUAAUACAUGUUAUAUUUUUUACAUUUUUCCGUGCUGGAACGAAAAAUCGUUCCGCAUGUAUUGUAACUGAGCUACGAUUGGACAAUCUUUAGAAAAAGAUCGAUUUUCUAAACAGCGUAGGGAUCAAUUAACUGAUUGAAUCGGUAUCAAAGAAUCGAUCUUAAAUCGAAAAAUCGAAUGACUUUUUUCCAAUUUAUGUAGUUAUUCUAUAAGUGUCGUCUUUUCUUAAAAUGCAAAAAAUGUAGAGGCGACGAGUGGGUAGGAAUUAAAAUUCAUCUGUUAUAUUUUUCAUAUUUUUUAUUCUAGGCAUAAAGCAUGCUUAAAUUUUCUUUUACAGUUUCACAGAAUGUUCUUCUUCCGAGAACGAGAAUCGUUUUACGAUAGUAUAGUUUUCAUUUUUCGGUCUAAAACUAUGAUAUAACUGAGUUUUUGCGGAAAAUUGCUUCAAAUGAUUAUAACGGGUUUUAAGUUUUCUUUCUAUUGCUUUAUAACUUGUCGUCUCUACAUUUUUUGCAUUUACCUGAGAUACCUUUACCUGAUACAUGUUUUUCAUUGUCCUUAAUAUCUACCGAUUACUAUACUUAUUCCUAUUUUCUACUCAUUAAGCUACCUGCCCAAAAACAUGUUAACUUUCAAAAAUCAUAACUCAAAAACUAAAAAAACUCCUCUCUGAAUUUUGGAUAUGUUAUGUAAAAAAAAACUCAGCUUUCAAGAGAAAAUAUAAAAAAAUAUAGCGCCAUUGGUACCGAAACCAUGUAAGCUAUAAAAAAUGAAUACAAUGAAUAAUAACGGUUAGCUUUGAAAAAUCAUAGCUUAAAAACAAAAAAAAACUCCUCUCUGGUUUCGAGAUAUGUUCUGUAAAAAAUUCUUAGCUUUCACGAAAAAAAAAUAUAUAUAAAUAUAGCGCCAUUGGUCCCGAGACCAUGAAAACUAUAAAACACAAAUACAAUUAAUAAUAACGAAGCCAAAAGUCAAAUUUUAUGCAACUCUGGUAUUUUUUCAAAAAAGAUCAGCUAUAAGUAGAUAUGUCGAUCAUCUAAAUCGGCUCAGUAGUUAUGAAUUUUUCAAGAAGUAAGUCUUUGAAAUAAGUGGAAAAAUUUGAA